GCAACAGACGUUCCCCCCUCCCCACCCGAAUACUUUAAACCGACUUUUCAAGCUAAUCUGCUGAUGAUAAAUAUCGUUAAACAGCGACCCAGAAGAGCGCAUUAAACGUGUUUUCAGGUCUCAGCCAGUUGCUUUUAGGUCCUUCGAUGAAAAGCCAUGAGGCACCAGUCGGGGUCUCCUCCGCUUCACGUGCACAUCAGCGACACCACACCUGUCCAUGUCCACCUGAAGAGCCAAAGGGCCAGGGCGCGCACUGACAGAGUAACCCUCCACCCUACAGCGCCGGUCCAAACCCGAGGGACCAGGAUCCCUCUAGGAAAGUCCCCCAGCAGGAGAACCUCCUACACAUGGGAGGGUCCAACACACUGCCUUGAGAUCAUCCCACCGCUCACAGAGCCAGAACCUCACCACUCCGCGCUGCGAUUGUCAGAGCUGACAUCCGAAGAAGACGAGGGUCUGCAGGGACGUACCCACAGCUUAAUGACUGAGGUAGCGCGAAGGAAGAAGCAGCAUCUUCUUCAUCAACAGCGUGAGCAGCUAAACACCUCCAGACAAGCAAUGGUAGAUCAGGAGGAGCAGCAGGCUGAGGUGACCCAGGAGCAAAACACACAGCUAUGUCGGCCCACGGAGAAGGUUCUUGAGGAGAGCAGCAGAGCCGGCGGUUCCCUUCAGGAUGGAGAUGCUCUGCUGCAGAAGCUGGAGGAGGCUGAAGCUGAUGGAGCUGCAGCUGCUCUGGAAGUCUCAGCUCUCCGAGAAGCUGUUUCCCGUCUGAGCGCUUCUGGCAGGAAUAAGUGUUCCGGUUGUACGGCUUUGGGUUUAGCGGAACAGACGGAGCUGCUGCUGCAGAAGCUGAAGACGUUUGAGAGCAGAAACCAGGCGCUGCGACGGCUCCUCAGAGAGCAGCAAGAGUCUCAGCAGACAGAGUCCACUCGACUGUCGGAGCAGAACCGGGAGAUGCUGCAGAGGCUGAACGACACAGAAGCUGAAAACGCCCAUCUCCUGGUGAAACUGGAGGAGAAGAACCAGGAGGUCCACCAGCUGUCUGGACUUGUGGAUGCCGAGAAGGAACACGCCAGGAGUUCAGCAGAUUUAUCCAGAAGUCUGGAGUCCACCAGAGCUCGUCUGCAGGGUCGACUCCGCAGCCGAGAGGCUGAGAACAACCGGCUCUCUGUGCAGAUUAAGAAUCAGGAGCGGGCAGCCAUUCAGCAGCAGGCGGAGAUGGCGCACCUGACAGAGCAGCUGAUGAGGCUCAAAGGGGAAGCUGCGACAGAACGAGAGGCUCUGAAACGGGCCACAGGGACCCAGAAACACCGAGCAGAGCGCAGUGAAGAUGCAGCAGGUCGGCUGAGCGCUCAGCUGCUGCAGAUGGAGAAGCAGGUGGCAGAAGCUAUGUCUGCAGCUGAAGUCUGGAAGCGUCGCCAUGGAGACCAGAUGAAGGAGAAGAGUCAACUGGAGCUGGAAGUGUCAGCCUUGAACAGUCGGAUAUCCGAUCUGAUGGAGGAGCUGCAGACCGUGGAGGACAAAGUCCAGCUGAACCGGGGCGAGCUGUUUAAUCACCUGCAUGAACUGACCUCAGAGAACACUGCUGCUAAGCUGGAGAACCAGAGCCUGAAGGCUACGGCGUCAGCACUGGAGGACAAGAUGUCCACGUCCCAGUCUGAACUUCAGCAGGUCAAAGUGUCCGUCAGGCAAUAUGAAGACCUGCUGGACAGCUACAAGACUCAGGUUGAGAGGACUCGGGCCGAGGUGGAGGAGUACCGCUCCCGUCUGGCUCAAGCUGAGUGGGAGGCCCAGGCGGUACGGGGUGAGCUGGACCAAGAGGUCCAGGAGGUGCGCAGGGAGCUGCUGGGCCGUCUGUCUGAGCUGGAGCUUCUCCCGGAGGCCUUACGGCACUCUGAGCUGCAGCUGCAGGAAGUCCAAGACCGGGAACGCAGCCAGGAGAGACGAAACACGGAGCUCAUCACCACACUGACGGACCUGCGUCUGAAGAUGGAGAAUCAGGAAAACCAAAUGGAUCUUAUCAGACAGAAGAACAAGAUGCUGAUGGAGGAGAACCGACACCUUCAGGAGCGUGUUGAAACGCUGGGCAGGAAGCUGGAAGCAGCUAGCAGUCAGAACUCCGACCUCCUGACCCUGGUUGCCAAACGGGAAAAGAUGGUCCACAACAACCAGCUCUCCCUGGAGGAAAAGAACAGGGAAUGUUCCCUGCUGAGCCAGAAGUUAGAGGAAGCUCUGGAUGACGCUCGCCUGCAGAUGUCGGAGACCAGAGAACAUUCUGCCACCAAAGAGCGUUCUGCUCAGUCCAGAGUCCUGGAGCUGGAGAUCCAGCUCAGCAGAACCACCUCAGAAAUAGAAAAGAUCAAACGCAGCAGAGAGGAGGUGGAGAAUCGGUACCAGAGCCGACUGCAGGACCUAAAGGAUCGUCUGGAGCAGUCGGACAGCACCAACCGGAGCUUACAGAACUACGUUCAGUUCCUCAAAGCGUCAUACGCCAAUGUUUUUGGUGAAGUCGCUCUCAGCAGCGCCCUGAGGGUCCCCUCCCCCAUCUGACAGCAUCUGAUUCGGACUACAGAGCGGACCGGAACUCUGCUGAAGCAUCAGCGCGGAGCCUGGGAGUUCCAGCUGCUCUGCUCUGCAGUAAAAGUCAUCAACCACAGCUGUGCAGAACAAGCGGUUGACCGUUCUGUUUAACUCUUCGUGGUGUAACGUUUCAUAGGUGGUCACAACUGAUGAGCUGUCACUAAAAGUGAAAGGAAUUCAACAAAUACAAUGUUCAAUAGAAAUCUGAAUCUUUGUUAUUAUUGAACCUUCAUUGACUCUGGAAACUAGGUCACUGGGUAAGUCGGGGAAACAACACUAUAAUCUGACACCGAAGCAAAGAUAGAAUAAAAAUAGAGUUUUAUAAACUAUUUCUGCAACUGACGAUCACACCGGAUAACCGGAGAUGAAUGAUUGUUCACGGUAAAAUCAGCUGAGACAAAAACCAGACGUUAAUGAUCUGAUGUGAUUUAACCCUUUCAUACAUAGUGGUCACUACAGUGGACAGCGACUCAAAUUUGCAAGGUUUUAUUUAUUUAUUUUUGCUAUUAGAGCAAGUCACCCCCAAAUCAGCUUUUUCUUCUGAUAAACUAUAUAAAUGCGUGUCUAAUCGUGCUGCAGACACGUGUCGUCAAUACAGGGUCCUUAAAAAGUCGUAAAUUUGCUUUUCCAAAUUUAAUGCCUUAAAUCCCUAAAACUGACAAAUAAUCUUUAAAUACAGUUUCUAAAGGUCUUAAAUUACCGAAGACCCAAUAAAAAAGAUUCAUUAAUUUCUAUAAAAUUUUCAUGAAUGUCUAGUUGGUGUUCAGCAUUUUUUGUGGAUGAUGUUGACAUAAGGGGAACCGUACACAUUCAGUUGAAUGUGAAAGGGGGCUAUCUUUAGAUGAGCACAUUAGCUGUUUAAGCUAGUGGGAGCUUGCGCCAUGGAGAAGUGCAAGUUUAAUGGUAACUGGAUGGCUAAUCCCACGUUCGCUACGUGGUUGGCACCGGUUCCAGGCAAUAGCUGGAAAUUAUAGCUUAAAUUUAAUUUUUUUUAAUUUGUUUUAAGUGCCCUUAAAAAGUCUUAAAUUUGGCUCCCUUAAACCUGCAAUAGUUUUGCACUUUAGUGCAUUUCAGUUAAAAUGUUAAUAUUCUGCCUAAAACUGUCAGUGUUGUGCCGUUGUCAGGUAAAAACUCUGCACUGCAGUUGAAUUUAAAUCUGCCAUCGCUAUUGGCUAAGAGGUACCCUAGAACGUUAGCUGGUACCAUAUGAUGUCACAAUAUCGUUGUGAGCCUGUGUGUGUGUGUGUGUAUUUGUUAGCGGCUCCACCCUCUCGGUCUGCUAGGCAACAGCGUUUGUUGCAUUUUUCAAACAGGAAGUGAGAGUGGAGUAAUACUCUGGUAGGGGGUGACUUGCUCUUUAAGCACAGCUGUAACGAACCGUUAGUGUCAGUUAAUUUCUGCCAGAUGAAACGCUCCGUAACGUCUGUUACUGGCAGUGCAAGCAGUCGACAGGUCGUCCUGCACAGAUCGGGCUUUAUGUACAGUGGUGUGAAAAACUAUUUGCCCCCUUCCUGAUUUCUUAUUCUUUUGCUCGUUUGUCACACAAAAUGUUUCUGAUCAUCAAACACAUUUAACCAUUAGUCAAAGAUAACACAAGUAAACACAAAAUGCAGUUUUGAAAUGAUGGUUUUAUUAUUUAGGGAGAGAACAAAAUCCAAGCCUACACUGCCCUGUGUGAAAAAUUAAUUGCCCCCUGAACCUAAUAACUGGUUGGGCCUCCCUUAGCAGCGAUAACUGAAAUCAAGAGUUUGCGAUAACUUGCUACGAGUCUUUUAUGGGCCAUUCCCAUCUGUACCGGGUCAGCCCGGGCCGGGUAGCGUAGGUUGUUUGCAUAUCUGGGUGGCCUGGUAUUUUUCCGGGCCGACCAAGGCUCAUUCUCAGCCCUCUUCUCGAGGGGGUCUGCUUCAGGCCGACCAGGGCCAACACACCCACUGCUGACAGCAAAUUCACACCUUCCAUUAGAGCAAGCCUCUGAUUGGUGGGUAGAAUCAGCCCACAUGGGCUUAAGGCAAGGAUGUGUGGAAUCAACCGGGCCAGGCUGGGGCCGACUGGGGCUACCCGGCCCGGGCCGACCCGGUACAGAUGGGAAUGGCCCAUUACAGUGCUCUGGAGGAAUUUUGGCCCACUCAUCUUUGCAGAAUUGUUGUAAUUCAGCUUUAUUUGAGGGUUUUCUAGCAUGAACCGCCUUUUGAAGGUCAUGCCAUAGCAUCUCAAUAGUAUUCAGGUCAGGACUUUGACUAGGCCACUCUGUUAGGUAUUUUUAUUUGUUCAUCUUCGUUGUGAAAUCUUUUGUUAAAUGUGUUGGGAAAAACCUGACCUUACUUGUUUUCACGUUUGGGUGUUUUCAGAAACUCCUUUCUGCUUUAGGCAUUUUGAUCCAGUAUCUGAAGUUUUCCUGUGCAUUCUAAGACCAAGAUGUUAUUCCAAACUGGUCAGGCAGGGGUUUCACGCUAAUGGUAUUUCUGAGUGUGUAUGUGCAAAUAAAAACCCCUCCACAGCUUUGGCUCCUUUGUGAAAGGAAAAUGGCC